ACGCUGAGUCCCUCGGACACAGCGGAUCGCGGAAAGAGCCGAAGAUGUCGGCUCGGUCAUGUGAUCAGCUGUGUCCAAUCACAGCUGAUCACAUGGGUCAUGUACACUGAUCAUCAGGGCACUGAUGAUCAGUGUGCCCUGAUGAUCAGUGUGGCCCCAGAAGUGCCACCUGUCAGUGCUCAUCAGUGCCACGUGCCAGUGCCCAUCAGUGCCACAUAUCAGUGCCUACCAGUGCACAUCAAUGCCACAUAUCAAUGCCCAUCUGAGCUGCCUUUCAAUGUCACCCAUCAGUGCCAAUCAGUGCCACCUAUCAGUGCUGCCAAUCAGUGUCGCCUACCAGUGCCAGUCAGUGUGCAUCAGUGCCGCCUAUCAGUGCACAUCAGUGCCGCCUAUCAG